UCCGAACAAAAUAUUCAAGCAAUUCAUAAAGUAUUGGUUCAUUUUCGUUUGAUAUCUCGUUACUAUUAACCAUUUUGAAUCGAGAAACAUAACCUAGCACACCGACAAAAACAUACAGCAGAGAGUGAAAUUAGGUAGAACUUGACAAAUCAGCAGGCCAACGUCAUGAUUAUUUUUCUUUACCUUUCACCAAAGAUAAAAAGAGUUUAAGUAAAAUUGAUUUAUUCGUUUUCACAUAGGUGAUGCAAGUUGCACACAGCACUGCACAUGUAUAGGGUUAGUGCACGCAUGUGAAUUUCAAAAUACAAACUGGUUCGAUCUUGCGGUUGUCAACAGGGUAGCGUGAAUUUUUUAUUUCUAAUAUUCGAAGUCUUUAAGUAUUUCUGAAAAUGUCAGAUGGCGAGGAUGAUUUUAUGUGCGAAGAAGAAGAAGAUUAUGGUCUCGAAUAUUCUGAAGACUCGAAUUCAGAACCAGAUGUUGACUUAGAAAAUCAAUAUUAUAAUAGCAAAGCAUUGAAGGAGGAUGAUCCAAAGGCAGCAUUACAAAGUUUUCAGAAAGUUUUGGAUUUGGAGGGUGGUGAGAAGGGAGAAUGGGGAUUCAAAGCUUUAAAACAGAUGAUAAAAAUUAAUUUUAAAUUGGCUAAUUAUAAGGAAAUGAUGGCCAGGUACAAACAGUUAUUAACAUAUAUUAAAAGUGCAGUUACAAGAAACCAUUCAGAAAAGUCUAUAAAUUCCAUAUUGGACUAUAUUAGUACAUCAAAGAAUAUGGAACUAUUACAAGAUUUCUAUGAGACUACUUUAGACGCGUUAAAAGAUGCCAAGAACGACAGGUUAUGGUUUAAAACGAACACAAAAUUGGGAAAGUUGUACUUUGAUCGGUCAGAUUUUAAUAAAUUAGCAAAAAUAUUAAAACAGCUUCAUCAGAGUUGUCAGACUGACGAUGGGGAGGACGAUCUGAAGAAGGGGACACAGUUGUUAGAGAUUUAUGCCCUAGAAAUACAAAUGUACACUGCACAAAAGAACAACAAAAAGUUAAAAACAUUGUAUGAGCAGAGCUUACACAUUAAAAGUGCAAUACCACAUCCCUUAAUAAUGGGAGUGAUUAGAGAAUGCGGUGGGAAAAUGCACUUGAGAGAGGGUGAAUUUGAAAGAGCGCACACAGACUUCUUUGAAGCCUUUAAAAAUUACGAUGAGUCUGGUUCACCUAGACGUACAACAUGUUUAAAGUAUUUAGUUUUAGCAAAUAUGCUAAUGAAAUCUGGAAUUAACCCGUUUGACUCUCAAGAGGCAAAGCCAUACAAAAAUGACCCAGAGAUCUUAGCAAUGACGAAUUUAGUAGUCAGUUAUCAAAAUAAUGAUAUCAACCAGUUCGAAUUAAUUUUAAAACAAAAUAGAAAUAAUAUAAUGGAUGAUCCUUUUAUAAGAGAGCACAUUGAAGACUUGUUACGUAACAUACGCACUCAGGUCCUGAUUAAAUUAAUAAAACCUUACACUAGAAUUUAUAUCCCUUUUAUAAGCAAAGAGUUAAAUAUCGACGUGUCGGAAGUUGAAAGCCUUUUAGUGUCUUGUAUUUUGGAUAAUACAAUCCGCGGCCGUAUCGACCAGGUGAACCAAGUCCUCGAGCUGGAUAAAAAGUCAGUGUGCGCAGCGCGUUACAAUGCCCUCGACAAAUGGACGAGUCAGUUGCAUUCGUUGCACUUAGCUAUAGUAAAUAAAAUGGCAUAAGAAGUAUGGUGCGUGUGAUCCCAGAAAGAAACUCGAGCUCUAGACAUUACUCUGUAUAGUAUAUCAUAAAUGCCUGUCUCCAACUAUAUG